UUUUACCUCACUCACACAGAAGAGUUCACAUACCUUCUGUUUCCUGUUUACUGCUGGUGAUUGGAAUUUGGAUUGAUUACUUACCUUACAAUUAUUAAAAAGGUACACUUCAAACAUGGGGAAGCAUAAGAAACAUAAGCAUGGACAUCGCAGUAGCAGCAGCAGUAGUAGUAGCAGUUCAAGCUCAGAUGAGGAAUUUAAGCAUCUUCCCAAAGCAGAGAGAAAGAUGAGGAAGAAAAUGAAGAAGCAGAUGAAAAAGGGAAAGAUACCUCAUGGUGUAGGAAUGCCUGCAACCCAUGGCUCUGGAUACCCAGGUGUAGUAGUCUCAGGUGGUAGUGGAUAUCCAGCAGGAAGUUACCCACCAGGCCAAGGUGGCAUGCUACCAGGUGGAGCUGGGUACCCAGCAGGUGGAACGGGCUAUCCAGCAGGUGGAACAAGCUAUCCAGCAGGUGGAUCAGGCUAUCCAAUCGGGGUUGCACCAGCACCUGGGGUGCCACCACCUGCAGGAUAUUCAGCUGGUGGAUUUGUUCCAGCAGGUGGUGCCCCAGGAUAUCCUGCGGCCCCCCAGCCUGCCUACCCUCAAGCACCAGGGGGAACGUAUCCAGGACAAGUACCUCCUCCAGCUCAGUACCCUGGUGGAACACAAUCAGCUGGUUACCCUGGGCAACAACCAAGUCAAGGAGGUUACCCUGGGCAACAGCCAAGUCAAGGUGGUUACCCUGGGCAACAGCCAAGUCAAGGUGGUUAUCCUGGGCAACAGCCUACAUCCUCUAGUGGAUACUCAACACAAGGAGGCUAUCCUACCCAGCCAGGGGGUUACCUAGGGCAGCAGGCUGGAGGUUACCCUGGACAACAACCUCCACCUGCACAGGUUGGGGUACCGGGACAGCAGUCUUAUGCCCCUCAAGGACAACAAGGAUAUGGACAGCAGACACCAGGAGGAGUGGCUUCUGCCACAGCAGGAAUGGGUAACCUGCAGAUAGGAUCUAUGGGGGAUAUUCCACGCCCGACAGUUCGACCAGCAAAUCCAUUCAACUGUGAGCGAGACACUCAGGUCCUCCGAACUGCUAUGAAAGGAAUAGGCACUGACGAGAAGGCCAUUAUAGAUGUGAUCAGCCAUACCUCUAACAAACAACGACAGGAAAUUCUCAUCAUGUUCAAAACCAUGUAUGGAAAGGAUUUAAUCUCAGAUCUGAAGUCAGAAUUGUCUGGGGAUUUGGAGGAAUUGAUUCUUGCUUUGUUUAAGCCCACUGACUACUAUGAUGCAUGGUGCCUGAAUAAAGCUAUGAAGGGAGUUGGAACCAGGGAAUCAACUCUGAUAGAAAUUUUGUGCACAAGAACAAAUGCUGAAAUCAGAGGCAUCAAAGCUGCAUACAAACAACACUUUGGUCGAGAGCUGGAAGCAGACUGUGUCAAUGAAACAAGUGGACAUUUCAAGAGACUACUGGUGUCAUGUUGUCAGGCAAACAGGUCCGAGUUGACAGACAGUCAGAGGCAGAUGUUGAUGCAGCGUGGCCCAGAAGCUGUCGUAGACCGGGCACAAGCUCAACAAGAUGCCCAGAAACUCUACCAGGCUGGCGUCAAAAAAUUUGGUACUGAUGAAUCUGCCUUCUUGGCUGUUCUAUCAAUCAGACAUGAAUUUCAACUGAGAGCCACUUUUGAGGAGUACCAGAAACUCUCUGGAAAGGAUAUCAUGAGUUCAAUAAGUUCUGAAAUGUCAGGAGAUCUUGAAGAUGGAUUUAAAGCAAUAAUAAUGAGUGCAAAGAACAGGCCAAAGUUCUUCUCAGACAAGCUUCACAAGGCAAUGAAUAGGAUUGGAACUGACGACUCCACCCUUAUAAGGAUCAUUGUAUCUCGUUCAGAGAUUGAUUUACAGAACAUAAAGGAUCAGUAUAUGAGGGACCAUGGGAAGACCCUUCAUGCUGCUGUAUCCUCAGAAACCAGUGGGGACUACAAGAAACUCUUACUGGCUCUGAUUGGCCAAUAGACAACAUUAAUGUUAACCUCUUUCCUCUGAUUGGCCAAUAGACAACAUUACUGUUAACCUCUUUCCUCUGAUUGGCCAAUAGACAACAUUACUGUUAACAUCUUCCUUAUCAAUUUUGACUGACAUUAUUAAAUUCUUAACUUUUCAGAGAGAGUAACUUUAAGUUAACUAUUGACUAGAAUAGAAAAAAAAACCAGUCAACCACUUUGUGAAGUAGCCAUGAAAACCUUGUAUAUUAGUGUUUGCUUGAAUAGGAUUUUGACCUGUAGUUUAUAUGGAGAAUAAUACAUACACCUGUACCUUUCUUCACAACACACCCUGUAUCAGACUGAGACACCCAUAUCAGCCAGAGAGCAGAAGGCCAGAGGGCUGAUAUUAGUUGAGGGCGGAUUCAGGGUGUGUUAUGGAAAAGGGUAUGUUUUAUUAUGUUUAUUACAUACUUAGUAAUAACAUACAGCCCACAUCUACUUGAGCAAAUACAAUGAAUAAUCACCAACUAGUUUAUUGUAUCAAAUCCCAGUAAUUUAAUAUAAAAUAUGAAAUCUUUUUUGCAGAGAAUGGGAAUGAAAAUUAUGUGUAUUAUUACAAAUACUGUCUAAUCCACAAAGGGUGUGAUAUUAAUCUGUAUCAGCCCUGCAGGAUCCGUAUCAGCCCUAGAACUGAUACAGCUUUUGUGACAUGAGAUAUAUCGCAUAUGCAAAAAAAAAAUUUAUUUAUUACUAAGUAUGUAAUACUAGUAAAUGCAUGUAUCUUUAUACAUUUCUAUAUUAGUAACCGUGUUGUGCAUUUACAUAUCUUGUAUGUAAGUUGUGAGGAUUUUUAUUCCAUCUUUUAAAGGUUUUUUUUUGAAAGAUUGGUUUCUAAUUACAUGUAUUUACUGCUAUAUAUUACUUUGAUAUUCAUUAAAAGAAUAAAGAAAAUCAAGUAGGUGCAUGUAGCCUCUAUCAUAUAUUUCUGCAAACAAAGUAAAUGUACAGUGCACCUGCAUUUGACAAAGCAUCGUUUUGCUGGCAUCUUAAUUAAGAACUGUUUGAAUAUCGACCCAUCAAACCAAACUGUUUGCCUUCGGCCUACGGGCCUCAGGCAAACGGUUUGGUUCUUGGGUCCGACAAAAUGCAUGUUACCUUCGAGCCCAUGCAGUCAAUAAAUGUAUAAUAUUUGUAGUUCAA